AUGGCAUUCGUAAGAAGAGGACGCUUUGUGAAUAAUUAUAUCUCAAAGGUGCAACAAGAUAACUGGAAUCCAAUAUUUGGUUGUAAAGAUCGGGAUCUUAAGUCAUUAGAAGAAGCCGUAGAAAGCAUCAUUCCAUUCGUCGACAAAGUCAUGGAGUAUGCAGAGGAAGCUAAACAAAAAUGUAAGAAAAAUACAAAACUGACAAUAAAUGCAUCAGCAGCAAUCUAUCUUUACACAAUGGAUACACCUUUCUAUGAGAAAUUCAACAAAGCUCUUCGAGGUGAAAAUCCACCCACGUUGGUACCAUGGUUCGACUUUCUAAAACUGUUCAUUACCGCUCUAGCGAAAUUACCGUCGCAUCCAGCUACAGUAUGGCGAGGUGUUGCAAAUAUUAGUGGCUUAGAUUUUUAUAACAAUGAUAUGUUCACUUGGUGGAGCGUGAACUCAUGUUCGUCGCGCGCCAGAGUCGCUGGAAUUUUUGCAGACAAGAAGGGCACUCUGUUUUGCAUUAAUACUAUUUAUGGCAAAGAUAUUACUGAGUACUCAUGGAACCAUGACGAAGGAGAAAUCGUUCUUACGCCUGGAACUCGAUUGUGCGUCAAAGACACAACAUUUGAUGUUGAUGGUUUCUCCGUCGUUCAUUUGGAAGAAUGUACUCCGAUUCCCGAAGGAAAACAUAUCAUGAUAUCUUAUGAUUCGAAUAGUCAAGAAACUGUAUCCAAAAUUCAGCAUUAUCUACAACUUGAAUAUUUACCACUUUGGCUCAAUAAACAAAAAGAAACGACGAAUGACCUAAAGAAAAGUUUGGCUGAAGGAGUAGAAAAUGCUGCAGUCGUUUGUUGUUUCAUAACUCCGAAUUAUGAAAAAUCUGACUUUUGUCAACUUGAAUUACAGUAUGCACAGAAACGGCAAAAACGAAUCAUCCCAUGUAUGCUUACUGAUAUAGAAGGAUGGAAAUCUUGUGAUUGGUUAACGCCAAUAAUGAAAGACCUCGCACCGAUCGAUUUUCACAACGCUUCUGAACCACCAUCCAUGCGAAGAAAGGUGCGAGAAAUGAUUCAUCGAAUAGAAGACCAACCUCCAACACUUCAAUAUGUACCGUCACAAGUAGCUGACGGAUCAAGCUACAUAUUUGAACUGGUUAAAUAUGGAUAUAAGCGAAAUAGUCGUAUUGAACGUUUCGUAAAUCCAGCUAAAUCUUUUCCGAUCGAUCAAAGUUACAUCAAUUUGGCUAUAGUAGAAACUAAAGAUCAACAAGAAAAAGAAAAAAAACUUCGUGAUUCUCAACACAACGAUACGACUAUGCAAGCAUUUGAAAAUAUGCACGGUGCCAAGACUCCAGUAGAUAUUAAAGACAUUUUCAAAACAUGCAAGAAUCAAACAAGGAAUGUGCUCGUAUUUGGUCGAGCUGGCAUUGGAAAAUCAACAUUUUGUCAAUACGUCGCUUAUCAAUGGGCAAUUAGUAUGAUUUGGCAGGAAUAUGAACUGAUUGCUUUGAUCCCGUUACGUUCCUUGACAGCAGACCGUUAUCCUUUAUUACCAGCUGGCACCAACUAUUCUUUAAUAGACGUUCUGAGAAAAGAGUGCAUUUCUUUCGAUCAAUAUCUGUCAGAAAAAGAUGAAGCACAAUUACAAGAACAGUUUCAUAGCAGUCGCAUUCUUUGGCUUUUAGAUGGUUAUGAUGAAAUCGUGCAAAAUGUACCCACGCAUCUCAAAAGUUUAUUGAAUGAUCAGUUACUUAAGACUCCACAUCAUAUCAUAACAUCUCGUCCAUAUAUGAAUGCUUUAUCGCAUUCUGUACAGUUGGAAAUUACAGGUUUCACAGAUAUUAAUAUUUCUAAAUACGUCAAACAGUUCUUCGAUCAAGUCGAAAAUGAGGCACAGAAUGUAUCUGCUGAAAAUGAAAAAAUAUUAAGCUUUCUCAAACGUAAUCCCAGGAUUCACGGUAUUGCACACAUUCCCAUCAAUCUAGAGCUCAUUUGUAGUAUUUGGAGUAAUACUCACUGGUCAGAAACAAAAACACUAACGAUGACAGGACUGUACGAUGAAAUCACCGAAUGGGUGUGUCGCCGAUAUUUGGAAAAACAACGAGAAAUUUCAACGGAUUUAUUGUGUGAAAACAAUGUUUAUAAAAAAUGCAAGAAUGAACUAGCAUUUUUAGAACGUCUGGCAUUUCUUGGGAUGGAAAGUAAUACUAUAAUUCUAGAUCCAGCUCUACUGCAAAAAGCACAAAAUGAGACUAAUUGUUCAUUAGCCGAGAAUCGACACUUACUCAAUAUUGGAUUACUAAAAGCAUUCACGCAUUAUCAUGGCACGGGAACGCGAAUCGAAGCAAAAAAAGAUCACUACUUUGGCGCAUGUCAACUCCUCAGUCAGCUAGCCGACAAAGCAGCAACAGAAGACGUAAUCGCGGCACUGGUGACCAAACUGGGAGAUACCGAUAAUAUUGUCAGCAGUAAAGCAUAUGAUGCUCUCUAUCAGAUAGUUGAAAAAGCAACAACCAAAGACGUAAUCGCAGCGCUCCUCACAGCACUGGGACAUACCGACAAUACUGCAAGACGUUACGCAUGUGAAGUUCUUGGUCAAAUGAAUGAAAAAGCAGCUACAAACGACGUAAUCGCAGCGCUGAUCACCGCACUGGGAGAUCCCGAUAAUGUUGUUAGAAACAAAGCAUGUAAAGUUCUCAGUCAGAUGGGUGAAAACGCAGCAACAAGCGACGUAAUCGUAACGCUGAUGACCGCACUAGAAAAUCCAAGUAAUAUUGUCAGAAGUAAGGCAUGUAAAGUUCUCGGUCAGAUGGGUAGAAAAGCAGCAACAAACAACGCAAUUACAGCGUUGAUAGUCGCACUCAGGGAUACUGACAGUAUUGUACGACGUAAGGCAUGUAGAGCUCUCGGUCAAAUGGGUGAAAACGCAGCAACAAACGACGUAAUCGUAACGCUGAUGACCGCACUGAGUGAUACUGAUAAUAUUGUCAGAAGUCAGGCAUGUAUAGCUCUCGGCCAGAUGGGUGAAAAAGUAGCAACAAACGACGUAAUCACAGCGCUGAUGACUGCACUGGGGGAUGCGAAUGAUAUUGUCAAAUUUGAAGCAUGUGAUGCUCUCGGUCAAAUGGGUGAAAAAGCAGCAAUGGAAGAGGUAGUCGCACUGUUGGUGAGCAAACUGAGAGAUACUGAUUGGAUUGUCAGAGGUAAGGCAUGUCAAGUUCUCGGUCAUCUGGGCGAAGAAGCACUAAAGACGGAUGUGGUCGCAGCGGUGAUUACCGCAAUGAGUGACAUGCAGCAUUAUGUCAGGCAAGAAGCAUGCAAAACACUGGGCCAUAUGGGUGAAAAAGCAGCGACGAAAGAGACAAUUGCAUCGCUCGUGACCAAACUGGGGGAUGCGGAUGAAAUUGUGAAAUUUAAGACAUGUGAAGCUCUCGGUCAGAUGGGUGUAAAAGCAGCAACCAAAGAUGUAAUCGCAGCGCUGAUCACAGCACUGGGGGAUGCGCAUCGUAUUGUUAGAAGAAAGGCAUAUGAUGUUCUCGUUCAAAUGGGUGAAAACGCAGCAACAAGCGACGUGAUCGCAGCGCUGAUGAUCGCACUGGGGGAUACCAAUAAUAUUGUCAGAGAAAGUGCAUGUGAACUUCUCUUGCAGAUAGGUGAAAAAGCAGCAAUAAACGACGUAAUCAUGGCGCUUCUGACCGAACUGCGAAAUACCGAAAAUAUUGUCAGAAAGAGUGCAUGUGAAGUUCUUGAUCGGAUCGGUGAAAAAGCAGCAACAAACGACGUAAUCGCUGCGCUGAUCACUGCACUUGGAGAUCCCGAUAAUGUUGUUAGAAACAGAGCAUCUGAAGUUCUCUAUCAUAUGGGUCAAAGAACUGCGACAAGCGAGGUAAUCGUAGCGGUGAUGGCCGCACUGAGGAGUUCCGAUAAUAUUGUCAGAGAGAGAGCAUGUGUAGUUCUCGGUCAAAUGGGUGGAAAAGGAGCAAGAAGCAACGUAAUCGCAGCACUGAUGACCGCACUGGAGGAUACUGAUAAUAUUGUCAGAAGUAAGGCAUGUGAAGCUCUCGGUCAUAUAAGUGGAAAAGCAGCAAGAAGCGAUGUGAUCGCAGCGCUGAGGAUCGCACUGGGGGAUACUAGUAGUAUUGUACGAUUUAAGGCAUGUGGAGCUCUCGGUCAAAUUGGUGAAAACGCAGCAACAAACGACGUAAUCGUAACGCUGAUGACCGCACUGAGGGAUACUGAUAAUAUUGUCAGAAAUCAGGCAUGUAUAGCUCUCGGCCAGAUGGGUGAAAAAGUAGCAACAAACGACGUAAUCACAGCGCUGAUGACUGCACUAGAAGAUGCGGACUGGGCUGUUAGAAUUGCGGUAUGGAAUGCUCUCGGUCAAAUGGGUGAAAAAGCAGCAACGGAAGAGGUAGUCGCACUGUUGAUGAGCAAACUGAGAGAUACUGAUUGGAUUGACAGACGUAAGGUAUGUGAAGUUCUCGGUCGGAUCGGUGGAAAAGCAGCAGCAAGUAGCGUUAUUCACAAAUUAUUAUGUAUCGCUGAUGACGACGCUUAUGUAGCAGUAGAAAAAAUUCUGGUUUCUACGAUCUCGUUGUCUAAUAUAGAUUCGAAUACAGUCUCGAAAUUAUUUGAUUUCUGGAAGCAGCAUGAAUGGCGGGUACGUAAUAUACCUAUGGAAAAGAUUAUGGAGGCGUACAAGUGUACAAAAAUCGUUGAAUGGUGCCCUAUUAUUAGUUUGCACUCCCUUAAUACCGGUUGUGCUGUUACUGUGGUUGGGAAGACAGUUAUUAUAUAUGGCAACUCUAAUCCAGUAACGUUUAAUAUGCCGAGUUUCACACUUUGUGAUGACUUAGUAGAUGUGUUUGCUAAUCAGAGUGGUUUAGCUUUUUAUCUUCAAACCAGUUCGAGAAACGCCGUUUCAUCGUCGAAGCGGUCAUUAUGGACUGUGUCGUGCGAAAAUGACGAUAAACGGCAAAGAAUACUUUGA